GCUUCCCAGCCUGGACAGAAGAAAUGGUUAAUUUCACCACCCCAUAAAGCCCACCCCUUCCUAUUCCUCCUCAGUCUUUUCUUCUGUCCCAGCCUGGAUGCAGUAGGAGAUUGUUCCCUCUGUACUUCAGGUGAAAUUUAUACUCACACUUAAGAUUACCGGGCACAGUUCUUAGGGAGAUUCUCUUUGCCCGAAGCCCCUAUCCUGUGUGGCAACUGCGUUGUCUGGAGGGGGAUUUCGGCGGGGCUGGAUGUUGUUGCCGCAUUUGCGGUUCAAGGUGCGCUCCAGUGUGUGCGAUGACGUCAUCACUCGGCGACGGCUGAAAAUUUAAAAGUUUGGCGCUAAGUCGCAGCGCUGCCUUGGAUGUUGGCGUUUAUUCUGCCUGUGCAAAAUGGAUCCAGCUGCCCCGAAGAGGACUGCUUCCAAGGUGAUAGUUGCCUCUGCUGAAGAGCCUACUAAAAAGAGAGAUAAGCAAGAUGCUGAGAAGAGAUGCCGAGCAUGUGUUAAUAUGGCUAUGAGAGAUAAGAAAUUUUGCCAGGACUGCUUUGAUGAUUAUCUGUCUAGGCAGAUUAACCCCUCUGUGGCCAGGGAUUCUCCUCAGGAUUUGCCUAUUCCUUCAACAUCUGCCACUUUGCCUGAUCAGCAGUCUCUGAUGUCAUGGAUUAAAACUGCAGUAUCUCAAUCUCUUAAAGAGACAGUUCUCUCUAACCCAGAUUUGUCUGUAUUUAAUAGAAAUCCUUCUAUUCAGGAGGAUUCUUCGGAUGACAGCUCUUCAUCUGAUGAGGAAUUGCCUAGUGAUGAAAUUUCAGUAUUCGAUCAGAAACAUCUUACUCCCCUCAUUAGGGCUAUUAGGCGCACCUUGAAUCUGGAGGAUGCAAGUCAGCCUUCUACCUCCCUUCUAUUUUCUAAAAAAGCGAAGAUGGCUUUUCCUAUUCAUAAGGAAGUGCAGGAUUUAAUCCGUUUGGAAUGGGAGAAGAUUUCCAGGAGAAUUCCAGCGGAAAGAAGGAUUGAGAAAUUAUAUCCUUUCUCUGAUGAUAUUCAAGAUACUUUGAAUAAACCUCCUUCGGUGGAUGCUCCAGUGGCAAGAUUGUCGAGGAAGACGGCGUUGCCGAUAGAUGAUAUAUCUGCUUUAAAAAAUCCCAUGGAUCGCCGCAUGGAAACUGAGCUGAAAAAAUGCUACAUUUCAGCAGGAGCAGCCUGUAAGCCUUCUAUUGCAUUGGUGUCAGUUACCAAGGCACUUUCCCUUUGGGCAGAAAACUUAGAGCAGGCCGUUAAAGAUCGAAAGCCCAGAGAGAAGAUUCUGGAAGGUCUUGAAGAUUUCAGGUUGGCCUCUAAUUUUUGCCUGCAAGCAUCCUUGGAUUUAGUGCAAUUGUCUGCUCGCUCAAUGUCCUUUGCUGUAGCAGCCCGUAGAGCCCUUUGGGUAAGAUCUUGGUUUGCGGAUACCGCUUCCAAAAAUUCGCUUUGCAAGAUGCCUUUUGAGGGCAAGAAAUUAUUUGGCAAGGCCUUGGAUGACAUUAUAUCAAAAUCUUCUGGGGGCAAGAGUACUUUUUUGCCGCAAAGUAGAAGAUUUCCUGAUAGCUUCAGGAGGCGGCCAGAAAGUUCCUUUCGAAGAAGAGAUGAUACUAGAGGAUUCAGAUUCGGAAGAGAUUUUAGAACCUCGAAUUGGCGUGCAGGCCAAACAUCUUUUAGGGCCAGAGCUAGACCUCCAAGGUCCCCCAAGUCCUCUUCAAAGGCUCAAUGACGGUCUCUCUACCCAUCCUCCUGUAGGGGCAAGACUUUUGGCCUUUCAAGGAGUAUGGGCCAAGGAGUUUACAGACACAUGGGUAGUCACUACAAUUCAAAGAGGCUACCAAUUAGAAUUUUCUUUAAAGCCUA